CAGGUAGGGCGGCCGGGAAGGGCGGGGUUCUGCCCGAGGAGCCGCGGACAGCGGCGUUGCGCGCCCGGCGGGCGCAGAGGGAGCGCACCGCCCAGCGUCCGGCCGGAAAGCUGAGUUGGAAACCGCCACCAUGGGCGCCUGUCUGGGGGUCUGUUCCCUGCUCAGCUGUGCAUCCUGUCUCUGUGGCUCAGCCCCCUGCAUCUUGUGUGGCUGCUGCCCCUCCAGCCGCAAUUCCACCAUCAGCCGCCUUGCCUUCACCUUCUUAUUGUUUCUUGGGGUCCUGGUGGCUGUCAUUAUGCUCAGUCCUGGAGUGGAGAGCCACCUAUAUAAGCUGCCUUGGGUGUGUGAGGGGACCCCCUCUACCUUGGGUAUCGAAGGCCAUGUGGACUGUGGAUCCCUGCUGGGCCAUCGAGCUGUCUACCAUGUGUGCUUUGCCCUGGCUGCUUUCUUCUUCCUCUUCACCCUGUUGAUGAUCUGCGUGAAGAACAGCAAGGACCCUCGAGCUGCCAUCCAGAAUGGGUUUUGGUUUUUUAAGUUCCUGGUUCUUCUAGGAAUCAUUGUGGGUGCCUUCUAUAUCCCAGAUGGCUCCUUCACCAAUGUCUGGUUCUACUUCGGUGUGGUUGGCUCCUUUCUCUUCAUCCUAAUCCAGCUCAUCCUGCUGAUCGACUUUGCACAUUCUUGGAACCAGAGCUGGCUGUGGAAGGCUGAAGAGCGUGACUCCCGGUGUUGGUAUGCAGGCCUCUUCUUCUUUACCUUCCUCUUCUAUGGAGUCGCCCUCACUGCCAUAGCACUCAUGUACAUCUACUAUACCCAUUCGGGGGCCUGUUAUGAAGGCAAGGUCUUCAUCAGCCUCAACCUGGUCUUUUGCAUUUGUGUCUCCAUUGUGGCUGUUCUACCCAAGGUCCAGGAAGCCCAGCCAAACUCGGGCCUGCUACAAGCCUCUGUCAUCACUGUCUACACCAUGUUUAUCACCUGGUUAGCUCUGACCAACAUCCCUGACCAGAAAUGCAACCCAAACCUCCCAACGACGGCCAACACGACCAGCGCGGAUCCUUCCAAGGGCUACACUACGCAGUGGUGGGACGCACCCAGCAUCGUGGGCUUGAUCGUCUUCAUCCUCUGCACCAUCUUCAUCAGCAUCCGCUCUUCUGACAACAAGCAGGUGAACAGCCUGAUGCAGACGGAGGAGACCCCCCCCAUGAUGGAGGACCAGCAGCAGGUGGUGGAGGGCCGGGCCUAUGACAACGAACAGGAUACGGUCUCCUACAGCUACUCCUUCUUCCACUUCUGCCUCUGCCUUGCCUCCCUGUACAUCAUGAUGACACUCACCAACUGGUACAGGCCGGACGAUGUCACCAGGAAGAUGGUCAGCACCUGGACUGCAGUCUGGGUGAAGAUCUGUGCCAGCUGGGCCGGGCUGUUCCUCUACCUCUGGACCCUGGUUGCCCCACUCCUUCUGCCCAACCGAGACUUCAGCUGAGACUGGUCCAGUCCCCAGUGCCAUUCUUGCCCGACCAAAGAUGCCUUGUCGCCAAGGGUCAGAUGACCUCGGUCCCUUUUCUAGUCUGGCUCCCACCAUCCCCCCUCGUCUCCCCUUCUCCGACCUUCUGCCGUAGAAAGUACCCAUCCUCCCUUUCUCUCCCCUCUUCCCUACAUCCAGCGUGGAAGGAGGGAGGUGGGGAAAGCGUCCCGAACCUUGGGGCCAUUGGACAAGAUGGCUUCUAGGAACCCUUUCAACCGAAACCUUCUGUGAGUGAGCCUGUGAACACCCCUGGUUGUGGCUGAGUUGGAACUCGGCUUCUUUCUUCUUGGUGCCUUGGGGGGCUUGGAUGGGACCUGGAAGGGCCAGGUGAGGGUUAUGGGGGCACCCGCUCUCCUCCUGUCCUGCUCUCCCCUUCUCCCCCGCCCCAACCACCCCUCCCUCCCCCCAUGCCUUUUUACAUAACUUUCAGCUCUCCUCCCUCAGAAUGGGCAGGACAGGAAAGCUCGAGUCUUCCUCUCAGCCCCCUGGCCAGCAGGGAGGCCACUGGGCUGGGAGGAAAGGUCCCCCAGGUUGGGGUGAGUUUGUUCUCCAUCCCACCUUCCCCCCUUCCCCUCCAUUCCUGGGCUCCAUGUCUUUUAGAAACUCUUCCACUUUUUAAUAUUUAAAAACUCCAUAAUAAACAUCCAGUGGGUUUGCCUUACUGAGCUGCCUGCCUCUGCCCAUUUUCUUGGACUCUUGGGCUUGUGCCUUUUAGGCCCAGUGGGCCGUGUCUCGCUGGCUCCUCAGCUCUCUGCCGGCCUAAGGCCUCGGUUCUGGAACUGUCCUACUUACAGUCCUAAAGACUCUUUUCCCCGGUAAAGGGAAGACAGAAGCCCUCAGCUUCCUGAGCUGCAGCUGAGCUGAGGAUCCCCCGACCCUCACAGAUUCCCGGGCCGGACCAGUCCUUCCCCACCAGCUUUGGCAGCCAGGCAGCCUGCCCGACCUCAGGGGGCUAGUCUCGGAAAGGGGCACUGCCCCCGAACUUCUCUGCUCGUCUUUCUAGGGCUAUCAGGGUGGGCAGCGGAGGGAUCCAACCAACCCUAGCUCCUGGUUCCCAUCCCUGGGUUAGAGACUCUCCUCCUGCUACAGGAGAGACAAUGAGAAAACAGCCCCCGAUGUAGCGGCAAGUGCUACUAGGAAGAUGGAGAAAGGAAUACCCGCCUAUAGGAAGCCCUGGGGGCGAUGGGGAAAUGUUUAAAACAACUCGCAGGAGAAUUCUUGGCUUCCCUGCUAACCCUGCUAGUGAGUCACCUCCACUUGGUUCCUCAGUUUUUUCUUUAGUAAGAUGGACCAGCCAGCACCUACUCUUCUGGCCCAAGGAGAGAUGUGUCCAGAAAUUUAAUAAUUAGCUCUGUCCAAUUCCAUUGUUACAAUGGCCUUAAAAAAAGGUACUGACUUGCCAUGUGACCCUGGGUAAGUCACUUCUCCCUGGGCCUCAGUUCAUUCCCCUAUAAAAUGGGGACACUACUAACAUUAAAUGAAUAGAUGUAUACAUCUAUUUUUUUGUUGAGGCAGUUGGGGUUAAGUGACUUGCCCAGGGUCACACAGCUAGGAAGUGUUAAGUGUCUGAGACUUGAACCCGGGUCCUCCUGAUGUCAGGGCUGGUGCUCUGUCCACUGUGUCACCCAGCUGCCCUGAGAUAUUUCACAGAACUGUUGUGAUCCUCAAGUCUGGUAUAAUGUAUAUGACGGUCCUCUGUAAACUAAAGUUCUGUAUAAACAGGAAUUAUAUAUAGAGAGAAGUAAUUCUUAACAUGAUGACUAAAGGCACCUCCCUUAGGCCAAAAUGGUGUCCGAAAUCGCCCCUAAAUAUUUUAUAGUCAAAGCUUACUGUAUUCUGUGUGUCCAAUUAAACUUUUAUUAAGUACCUGUUAAGAAGCUUACAUUCUGCUGGAGGGAAGAAGUACAAUCUGUGUACACAAAAUAAAUGUGUUGUAAUUUCAUUUGAGGUUGGGUUCUGACCACUGGGGAGACGGGAAGCAUCAGAAAGAUCCUGGUGAAGGAGAAGCUCCUCCUGAGCUGAGCUUGUGAACGUCCCGAGAAAGAGACUGGUGGGAAUGGAGGGAGCAGACACGUUAGCAAGCACAGUGGUUUAGAUUCUGUAAACAGGCUUGAGCCUCGGCCCUCUACUUCCUGUGAGAUCAUAUCUGAGUCUCUCUUUGGACCUUGGACUUAUUGACUCUCGGCUUGGCCCUGUUGGCCCCUCUUUUGCCAGGGUUUUCAGAACCCUGCUUUCUCCUGGUGCUCACUGAGUUCCUUCAACACUAGAGAUUCCUUACCUGUGAGACGGGAGAGUUGUGAUCGAUUUAAUUUUUUUCAUUCAUUCAUUCAUUCAUCGAUCCAUUUAGGCUCUAAAAGCUAUGAUCCUAUAAAUCAGCUCUACCCAAUUAGCUGGUGCUCUCAGUAUUCUGUGCCGUAUCAUCAUCAGUAAUCUUCCCCCCAGGAGUGGAUUCAGUCCCCUUCUUUCUCUACUUUCUCGGUGAUUUUAUCCACGAGUUCAAUGACGAGGUCUAUAUAUCCAGCUCUUGCCUUCUAAGAUCCAGUCCACCAUCACCCACUGCCUUUCUGACAUUCUGACAUUUCUCAGCGGAGGUCCUUCAGACAUCGCAGGACACUUAUCCCAGAUUACUCAUUCCCUUUCCCCUAAAAUCCUGCCCUUGUCCAAAUCGCCCAUCUUUGUACAAGUUUCUGAAUCCUCCCAGUCCCAAUUGUCCUUAUCUUUGCCCUCCCUUAUUACCCCGAAAUAUUUGCCAAUUCUUAGUGAUUCCAUCACAGUUGUCCCCUCGCAGAAUCAGGAUCGCAGUCCAAGCCCUUGUCACUUCUCCCCUGCGUUACUGCCCCAUCUUCCCAGUUGGUUUUCUGACUUCUAGCAUUUACAUUUUCCUUUCAGCUGCCAAAGCGAUAUCCCUAAAGCACUUGUAAUUGUGACUAUAUCAUUCCUCUGCUCAAGAACCCUCAAUGACCCCCAGUUCUCUUUCAGCCAGAAUACAAACUUUUCUGUCCUUUUAAGCCCUCGGGGCUUCCAGGCUUAAUACAGUCUACCUGUCACACAUUCUACUCCAGUCAAAACUGGCCUAUUAGCUUUUCCUUAACCAGGAUGUUACAUUUACCAUCUCUGUGCCUUUGUGAAGGUGAUUCUCCACAGCUGGAAUCAAUACCCUCCUCCACCCUGUAGGAUCUCGGGCUCCCUUCAAAGCUCACAAGAAGGCCGAUUCCUUCACAAGGGAGGCCUGCCCUCAUCCUGACAAUUACUUUAAUUCUUCCAACUCAAUCAUUAUUUUUUAAAUUUACUUAGUAUUUUUUUUUGUAUUUAUGUAUCUAUCCAUAUUUUUCUUCCAUAAGAUUGUAAACUCUUCGAGGCAGGUACUGGUAGAUUAUUAUUAUUUUUUAACUUCAGAGUUUAGCACAGUGCCUGGAAUUAAAUAAACACCAAUAAAUGCUUGUUGAAUAAAUAAAUGCAAAUGAAUGAA